UUGUAGUUGGGAUUUUUUUCUUUUUUUUUGCUUUAUUUUCUGGCCACUGCCACAAGCAUAGAUUCUCUAUGUUGCAAAACCAGAGCCCCCCUCCUCUCCUAGCUGGGUGGCACAGGAAUGGAUGAAUGUGCUCUGCCUCUGAUUGGAUUCUGUCCGCUCGCAAAAGAUUUCCUGCUUUUUUUUCCUUGUCUUUUUAGCUUUCCUUUUCAUGGAUGCCCUCUCCCUUAACCUUUUACAUUUCCUAGGCUGCUUUAGGUGUGUGUAGCUGGCCUAGAGUGGUGUGGUCUACACAUUACUCAUAGUCACAUACAUACAUUAAUUGUGAUGCAUAUUUACACGUUUUAUUCCCAUCCCUUUUGGCUAUAAAUACACAAUAGCAUUCUGGGUUUUCAUCAUUGCACCACAUCUUCUCAAGCAUUGCAGUAGGUAGACUGUGUAGUGCAGAUUAUUGAACAGCAAAGAUGAGCCGUAAUACACACCCCAACACUGGCUCUGGUAGUCGAACUGCUAGAACAGUUGAGUUUGGAAGGACCUACGUAGUGAGGCCCAGAGGAAAACAUCAGGCCACUAUAGUUUGGCUUCAUGGCCUCGGUGACAAUGGCUCAAGCUCUUCCCAGCUCUUAGAAUCCCUUCCUCUUGCAAAUAUUAAGUGGAUCUGCCCAACUGCUCCUACACGUCCAGUGACACUACUUGGGGGUUUUCCUUGCACUGCAUGGUUUGAUGCAGGAGAGCUCUCAGAAGAUGGUUCAAAUGAUUGGGAAGCUUUAGAUGCUUCAGCAGCACAUAUUGCAAACUUGCUGUCAACUGAGCCAGCUGAUGUUAAAGUUGGUAUCGGAGGCUUCAGUAUGGGUGCUGCAAUGGCCCUUUACUCUGCCACUUGCUAUACUCUAGGAAGAUAUGGAAACAGUAAUCCAUACCCUGUCAACCUAAGGGCAAUUAUUGGACUAAGUGGAUGGCUUCCAGGGGCAAGGAGUUUAAGAAACAAAAUACAAAGUUCACAUGACGCUGGCAGGCGUGCUGCUUCCUUACCAAUUUUGCUUUGUCAUGGAAUGAGUGAUGACGUUGUUAAUUAUAGACACGGUGAAAAAUCAGCCCACUCCUUAAAUUCAGCAGGAUUUCGCAACCUGACAUUCAAAUCCUAUGAUGGGCUUGGUCACUACACAAUACCCGCAGAGAUGGACGAAAUUUGCAAUUGGCUUACCCCAAAACUAGGGCUUGAGGGUUUUCGCCCAUGAUUGUGCGAUGGGACUAGAACUUGGAGCUAGUGAGUAGGAGAGAUUAUCAAAACAAAUAAUUUUGAAAGGCGAGCAGCUUUUGAAUGCGUAUGUACAAGUAGAUGGUACAUAAAAUGGAGCACAAGUUAUAUCGUAUAGUUAAAUUAACCUUCCUAAUUCACUAUGUCAUCUUCUAUACUAAAUAAAAAUUUUGGAUGUACUCCUCUUUUUGUUUAAGUUUCUAGUGCUUUCCAAUUCCAG